AUGCCGACUCCGACAUCAUCAAAUCGACUCACAGCGAAAUCUGGCAAGCUCCCUGCCUGUGAUCCAUGCCGAGCGAUAAAGCUGCGGUGCGACCAUGACAAACCGGUUUGCUCACGGUGCAGGGAGCGUGGCCGAAGUGCAGAUUGUACCUAUCGUUCACGACCUUUCAAAAGACCAUCUGCUCGGGCUGCAAACUGGCGAAGGCAGGAGAAUGAUCCGUCUCAUAAUUCCGGAGUCACGGCCGAUGAAACUGUCAACCCUCCAGCAGCUUUCCAAUACCCCAACCCAGGCUAUUUAGGCUCGUCGAGUCAUACAACAUUCUUCGAUCAAUUGCAAGUCCAGAAGACCGCAGAAUUAGGCCCCACGACUGAAAUCAACUCUCACCCAAAUCCAGCCGAUGACUAUAUCUUCGAUGACACCUGUAUCGCCAAAGGUGCCGAUCUCAUUCUCGAACUGCACCGAGACUCAUUGAUUCCGCAGUUUACUCAACUUUUCAGAAGAUGGAUAGCUACGGGGACCAAUCUUGCUUUAGCUGGCCCAUUGACUACGCCCUGCGCAUCUACAACUUCUCACCUAAUCUCAAACUUUGAUGGAACACAUGCAUCAGCCACGACUAUUUCCAAGCGCCUCUUCUACAAUUCCCGCUGCCCUCUCCAUCCCAACCAUGACACAACAUUGGAACAAUACUGUGCUAACUUUUGUGGGCCUCAUGCGCGAUGGGAGACUUUGGGUUUAUUUUGUACCGCUGUCUGUCGAGCCUCUAUUGACUUGACUUAUGCAGAACCAAUGUAUGGCUCGGAGCAACAGCGUCGUAAAAUUCAGAAGUUGACCCUCUCGUACUCGGAUCAAUUCUUGGAUCUAUGUUUACCCCUGGACUGUAUGAAUGACCUUCAACUUUUUCUAACCUACGAAAACUUCAUAUCUCAUUCCCAGGUUGAUGGCGAUCAAAGCUACUUGUCCUGGAGGAAAUUGGGGGAUGUCGCAGCGGCUCUAUUUGCCCUUGGUUACCACCAACAGCAAACAGAAUCCUUUCGUGCAGCUCCUGCAUUCCUACGAGAUCUGCGUCAGGCCGCCUUCUGUCGAGCAUACUCUGCCGACAAAAAUGUUUCCAUUUUUCUUGGCCGCCCACCUCGAAUCCUACGUAGGUUCUGUCAUUUUUACCUACCGGGUGAUCAUGAUGCGAAUUCACACGAGGCAUCCCGCAGCCCAGCAGUUUGGCUUCAUACUCAAAAGCUGGACUUUGCUACUGAUUCGAGAUGGGCUGGUCUCUGUGCCAUUCUGAAGGAUGAUAUAUUGGACCUGUUCACCGAGGACAAUUAUGAUGAAAGGGCCCGAAGAGCAUGGCUGAUAGAGGCGGAUAUCCAGGCCCAAUGGCUUGCGGUCCCUCGAAGCUGCCGGCUGGAAUGUGGCCUUAAAGCCUGUGAUCGACGACCAGUAGAACGAGAUUUCAUGGUUAAUAUGAAGUUGAACUACCUACAUGUCCAAUUCCUUCUGAGACUUGCAUUAGUCCGCCCUAUGUCUACGGAGCCCGACUCGGAGUUGCUCGAGAUUUCCUUGAAGAUGCUGGGCCUUGUUGUAGAAACCAUUCUACUCAAAGACCAGAUAGUGAACUCUGGUACAUCGCUGGUAUGGAAGGUCGCAUACUACGGCUUGUCCGCUGCGGGAAUGAUAUGCCUAACUCUUGUCAAGCGCUCAUUUGCCAUCCAGAGCUUUACAACAAGCUUUUCGAAGAUAUUCCAAGAACUAAGCAUCCUUGCCGCAGAAAUCGAACGCGGAACUUUAGUAUAUAUAGACUCACCCAACUAUGCCUUGCUAGCUCGCGCGACCCAAACCAUAAAGGCUAUCCUGGAUCGGAUGAUGACGCCUUCCUCGGACAAUACGAUGGUCGCUUCAGAUAACCGAAUUGAACAUCCAACUGCCUCCGAGCAAAGGGAAACUCUAGAUGACGGAUCCUGGUGGUUAUGGGACAAUACCAACCUCCAAGAAUUUGAGCUCAGUUUCUGGCACAAUCUUGCUGGCCACCCGUCGCUGAACCAAUAA